UUUGUAGAACGCAAAGAAUUGGUCAGGAAGGAAUUGCAGAAAUACAAAACCAUAAAUUUUUCAUUAAUGACCAGUGGGAAUGGGACACCAUCAGAGAGGCUACUCCUCCUGUGGUCCCAGAGUUGGCUAGUGAUGAUGAUUACUCAAACUUUGAUGACAUUUCUGAUCCUAAUAGUGGAAAGGAAUUCCUUCAACCUCCAGAGCAGCUCGAAGCAGCUAACUGCAGAAUCAGAGAUUUGGAAGUGCAGGUUUCACUGGAAAUGCAAGCUAAGGAUGAGCUGGAUCAUAAUUACAGGGUGGUAAGCAUCAAGCUCGAUAAAGUCAUGGAAAAAUUUGACAGUGAGGUUAAAGAAAAAGAACGAGCAAUAGUUGCCGGGCGAGAACUUGAAGCUACACGGAAAGAACUGGAACACGCCAAGCAGUGGAAAGGACAGCUUGAAUCGACACAAUCCAAAAUGCUGGAGUUGGAACUUGUCAUCCAGGAACUGCGAGAGGAACUCAGUGAACAUGACCCUUGUGGAGAAAGAUGGCACCGAGGAACGCGCCAAAACAGAAAAGGAGGAGCUAGAAGAGAAAAUUCUCCAGAGGAUGCCGAUGAGAGGGAACAGCAACAAGAU